AUGUCUGGGUUCGAGGUGGCUGGCGCAGUCCUCGGCGCCAUUCCCAUCGCCCUCUCGGCUCUCGACGGGUACAAGAGGGCGGCUAAGAAGGUCAAUUCGUUCAUCAGCAUCCGCAAGGAAUAUGUAAGCUGCGAGAAGCAAUUGCAAUUCCACCAAGUCAGUAUCAAGAAGCACCUGCGGCAGCUCUUGCUUCCUAUAUUUCAAGAUGAGAACGACAGGCUUGAGAUACUCUUGAGCGACCCUGGAGGCGAGGAUUGGAAGCAAAACGAUGUAACUCAGCUGCUCGAGAGGCAGCUUGAUGCUCGUAAGAAAGUUGUGACAAUGAAGCCGACUCAACUGAAGAAUGCCAUGAGCAAAGAUAGCAUGGCGUUCCAGCACUAUAGAAUCCGAUUUGCGGCUGGCGAAAGCAACAGGAAGCGGUUGUUCAAUGAGUUGUCGGAACUUCACGCCAAACUAGACUCGCUAUUGACAUCUAGCGAAAAGGACACAGAGCUGGUACAGCGGCACCAGAAACAUCGGGUCGAUACGGCCCUCUGCAGCUUUUGGAUGACUGCCACGGCCCUCUUCCACGCUCUGGCAGCGACCUGCCAAUACCCUGGCGAAUCAAAUAGACAGAGGGUCUGGAGAACUCGAAUCACCGAGGGAAGUGAAGAUGAGCAGUGCUGUGUGAGUAUACCCUCGGCCAAGGCGUCAUCUCAAUCCACCCCGAUCAGGGCAGCUCUCCGGCCCAAGUCUCCGGCGGGACGCUGCAGACCGACCACACCGCGAAUGGUUCAAUUCUCACAACCGUCGCAAACUGUCACCCUCACUGUUCAGAACUGUGGCGAUCCAACCACUCUGCCUCCUGGGGCGAUCAAAGUGCUCUGCACACUGAUGAAGCCCCCUUCACAAAGCUCAUUAUGCAAGGGAUACCUGGGCCUGCCGAACGACGAACGAAGGUACUACGUCUACACCAUGGCGGAAGACCUGUCAAUGUGUCCUGACUCGGUCAGCCUGGGACAGAUGCUAACCUCGAAGCCUCCCAACUUCCGAGUCCGCUGUAAGAUUGCCCUGGUCCUGGCAUCAUCCUUUGUCCAGCUGGUUGACUCGCCCUGGAUGACCGAGCCCCACGCCUUUGACAAAGACUCCGUCCUGUUCCUGCCUGGCAAGCUGGACGAGCCGCACAUCAGGAGGACAUUCUGCACAAUGGCGGAAGCGAAACAAGAUCGCACCGACUGCAACAAGACAUCACAACCCGACGUUGUGAGUGCACCGCUCUCCCGGCUAGGCAUCACGCUCCUGGAGCUGUGCUUCGGGACGACGCUGCAGUCGCAGGAGUUGAGGAAGAGCCUACCGAGCGGGGACACGGAGCGGAUGCGCGACCUGUUUGAUGUGACGGCCGCGUACGAAUGGUUAAAGGAUGUGGCGGAGGACAGGGGUGAGGAUUACGCCCGGGCGGUGACCUGGUGUCUUGUCGGCCAUCGGAGCGGGCUUGUGGAUCGCUGGCGCGAGGAAAUGCUGCGGAGUGUCAUCGGGCCAUUACAGAGCUGCCUGGACUAUUUUAAUGGUGUGACGGGGAGGUAG